AGCGAAUUGGAGCGUUUGCGGAGCGUGGUCACACUAUAUAUGCUUGCAUUUUGUCUGUGGAAAUUUCAUUUCACAAAAACCGAGAUUGUUAAAUUACCGAAACUAGAGCGUUUUAGACCGAAAUAACAAUAGCAGCAAUAUGCUGCAGUUAAAUAUAAUUUUUAUUGAACACGCUGACGUAUACCUUUGAACCGCAACUCGAUGCCCAGCCUAUAAACAAUCGACGCCCGACGACUGGUUCGCCCUAAACCACCCAAUCUGUACACAAACCGCCCACCCGAAGCCCAGCCAACCCAAGGAGGCGGAGGCGGAGGCUAGAGGAGUAGGAGGCAGAGGAGGCGGAGGGGGAGCAACACCACCACCACCGCCGCCAGUGGUGGCCACCUGCUGCUCGAGAGGCUGCAGAGGCUCCCGCAACAACUGCCGCAAUGAAGGUGGACACGGUGAAGCUGAAGAAGGGCUCCUCGGAGCUGACGGCCGAGUGCCGUGAGCUCAUCGACGAGCUGACCAAGCGGCGGACUCGGGCCGAACUCCUCGAGUUCCUCGACACCAUCCACGUGUGGAUCUACGGCAAGUGCGAGCUGUACCAUUGGAUCGAGAUCCUGGACCGGUUCGACAAGAUCCUCGAGGAGGCGUCGCGCCAUGUGAACGCCAACGAGUUCGUGCUGCAGUGCGACACCAAUUUCCAGGAAACGGAUGUCACACUGCUGCUGCACGUACUUAACUUCACCACACUGCUGAUUGAGCACUCCUUCUCGCGGCACCUUUACAAUUCCAUCGAGCACCUGACCGUGCUGCUCUCUUCGCAGAACAUGGACAUCGUCCUGGCCGUCCUCAAUCUGCUGUACAUGUUCUCCAAGCGCAGCAACUUCAUACCCCGCCUGCCGUUCGAGAAAAAGGAGCUACUUAUUGUCAAGCUCUUCAAUAUAGCCGAGCGCUGGGGUGAUCCCAACUACGGACUGUCGCUCAAGGACUGCUGCAUUGGCGAGCCAAAGCUGGAGUUUCUCUACCAGCUGUGCAUCGACUAUGUGGACGAGCACGGUCAUGCCGCCCAGCUGGAAAUCCCGGACAUGAUGGACCUCUGCCACACGGCAUCAGCUCCCGAGGUGAUCAAGACGAUUGCCGGACAGAUCUCAAAGCCCAGUGAGGCAAUCAAGAUGCGCAUUGCUCAUCGGGUGCGCUUGAUCUCAGGCUUCAACAACUACAAACUGCGCCUCCAGUUCGUCCAGGCGCGCCUUCAGGCCGUCUCCAUACUGAUCUACUCCAAUGCCCUGCAGGACAACACGGACAAGGUGUUGUACGCCGGCUUCGGCGAGGAGCUCUGCGAGCUGAUCGACAAAGAGGACGUGCAUCUCGUGGAGAUUCGGGCGGCAGUGCUGCGCACUCUCACCUCCAUGCUGCACUUUGACCGCAAUCCGAAUGUGCCAAGCAGGGCCGGAUCGCGUCUGAUGAAGAUCGUUCACUAUACAGGAGCGGAACGGCAGGGCGGAACGCUGCCGCUGUUAGUGCGCGACUGCAUCGAUAAUUUAACAACCCACGGGCUCACGGAGCGCUACCCGCUCAUCCUGGCCACGUCGCUCUUCUCGCUGCUGUACCACCUGGCCAGCUACGAGAUGGGCGGCUCGGCGCUGGUUAAGAGCGGCAUGAUGCAGUCCCUCCUGUGCGUCAUCAGCUGGCCGGGGGUCGACCUCGAGCACAUCACGUUCGUGACGCGGGCGGUGCGGGUGAUCGACCUGAUCACCAACAUAGAUAUCGCCCGGUUCCAUCAGAACAACGGCCUGAACGUGUUCAUUGACCGGCUGGAGAAGGAGAUCAAGAGCUGCUGCAAGGCACUGGCCGAUAUCGGCAUCACGCUGAAGGAGUCGACGCUGCGCGACGACCACAAACUGGACACCUCUCUGGACCAAGUCGACGAGGAUGUGGAAGACGGAGCCGGAGAGAAUACCUCCGUGGCCAGUGGCAGUGGAUCGCCGCGUCGCGAGAACUCGAGCGACGGCCUCACAGGAGCCGGGAGCAGCGCCUACAGAGCUUACCACGAGCACAGUGGAGGAGCUGAAUCAGGAGCGGGUCUCCUGGACAUUGGGGGAGCACGCAGCCAGGCUGGCGGCAGCGGAGCAGGAGCUUCGGGUGCAUCCGGACCGAACAUAGGACUAAUCAACAGAGAUGGAAGUGCCGCCCGGCCGCCGGCCAUCAUGUAUCCCACGAACAGUUACUACGCCCGUCCACUGGCCGAGCGCAAGGCGGAGCUUUCCUCGCAGCUGCCGAGCAGCCUGGCGCCGAAGAAGCCAUCCUGCGUCACCCAGCGGGCGGCGCUGCUCAAGUCGAUGCUGAACUUCCUGAAGAAGAGCAUCCAGGACCAUGCCCACUUCAGCAACAUGCGCAACAUCAUGGAGACUAGUCUGACCCAGUCGCUGCGCCACAUAAUAGCCAAUGCGGAGUACUAUGGCCCCUCGCUGUUCCUGCUGGCCACCGAUGUGGUCACCGUUUACGUGUUCAACGAACCGUCGCUGCUCUCCUCGCUGCAGGAUCUGGGCAUCACCAGUGUGAUGCUGAAGGCGCUGCUCCAGAAGGAUGUACCAGCCACCCGGGAGGUGCUGGGAUCCCUGCCCAAUGUCUUUUCCGCCUUGUGCUUAAACGAGCGCGGAUUGUUUGAGUUCCUUUCCUACGAUCCGUUCGACAAGGUGCUGAAGGUGCUGCUUUCGCCCGACUACCUGGUGGCCAUGCGGCGGCGCCGCUCCUCGGAUCCGCUGGGCGAUACGGCCACCAAUUUGGGCAAUGCCAUGGACGAUCUAAUCAAACAUCAUCCGUACUUGCGAACCGAUGCCACGGAGGCGAUUGUCCGGCUCCUGAAUGAGCUGGUCCGCCUGGGCUCCGAUCCCAGUUUCAUUUGCUGGCGGGCGAAUAAGGAGAGCAGUGGCUCCGGCUCCGGUUCCGGCAGCCAUGGCGGUGCCCAUCACGUGGCCUCCACACCCUCGCCCAUGGUCAUGGUGGCUGGCUCGGGAGGAUCGGCUUCGGUGCUCCAGGGGGCAGCCGAUACGAACGACAGCAGCGGCGAUGACGACGACGAUGAUGAUGAAAUGAGCUCCGCUUCGCAGCAGCAACAGCAGCCCACGACUCCGGGUCAAAGUACUGGGGCGACCACACCAAGGGCUCAACAGGCCGGAGGUGUAGCCGGGGCUUCCGGAACACCAGUGGCCACAUCGCAGGCCGUCAAAGUGGUAACGCCACCGGAGCGAGAGGCCAUACCACUGAUCGACUACAUCCUCAACGUGAUGAAGUUCAUCGAGGCGAUAUUCAGCAACAGCCCCAAUGGCGACCACUGUCGCGAGUUCGUUCUCCAUGGGGGACUAAAGCCCAUCCUGCAGCUGCUGUCGCUGCCAAAUCUGCCGGUGGACUCGCCAGUGUCCACCACCUCGCAGGCCGUGGCGAAUGUCUGCAAGGCCAUACUCAGCCAGGCGCAGGAGACCAAAGUGCUGGAUGUGGCGCUCAAGCAGCUGGCCGACAUAGUGGCCCAGCUGAAGCCGCUGAUCAAGCACUUCACCUUUCCCGGCGGCAGUGUCCUGCUGGCGGAACUCGUCUGCUGCCAGCGACUGGAGGACGGCUUCGCCAACGCCGAGUACACGCCCAUACUGCACAACAUGAGCUUUGUGCACGGCUAUGUGGUGAUGCUGGUGCAUCUGUGCCGCAACGCCUCCAACGACAUGCGAGCCAUUCUCCUCAAGCGCUGGGGAGUGAACCGGGAGACCGGAGUCCAACUGCUGCAGCAACUCGUUCAGCUGUACAUUUCGCUGGUGUGGGAGAGCACCAUCCUGCUGAAUCUGUGCUCGGACGAGCCCACCCAGCAUCCGGAUCUCAUCUGGGAUGAGAUCGCGGCCCAGAUGUCGGCGGCAGCGGGCACCGCGGAUCCCCUCACCGAAGCGGAACUGUCGAGAAAACUGGAGCGCGCUGCGGAAUUCCGGACAAAGUACACGCCCGAGGAGCAGUUCCGAUACAUCAAAUCCCUGCUGGCAGCCAGUUCGCGGCUGGGCAGAGCACUGGCCGAGCUGCUGGGCACGCUGGUGAAGCUAUCGGUGGGUUCGCCACAGACGCGACAGCGUCGCAUCAACGACUUGAUCAGUAAUAUCAACAAAGUUCCUACGCCAGAGGCGCGCGAAAUAGCCCGCAUCCUCAGCUCGAUCCUGGUGAACGGAUUCAGUCACGAGAGCAUCCUGCCCAAGCCCGUGCCCAAGCUGAAGCUCACCUUCCUCAUCUGCUCGGUGGGAUUCACGGGUCCAAUGCUGUUCGACGACAAGCGCAGCGCCUUCCACCUGAUGAUAUCACAAUUCUGCGCCGAGAACGGACUGAAGGCCUUCUUUGAGAUGUUCUACUGGGCCCUGUCGCUGGACAAUGUCUCCCAGAAGUUCGAGUUCGACCAGUGGGCCUCCAUGGAGGACCUGAUGCAGUCGCACGAGGAUGACAAGCGCGAUUGUCCGGAGGGCACUGGCGAGUUCCUCGACGCCUGGCUGCAGCUGCUCGAGAAAAUGGUGAAUCCCCGCGCCAUGUUGGACUCGCCGUACACCAUGAGCCCCCGGCUCAACUAUCUGCCCGACUCGGUUCCGUUUGAGCCCGUCUUCUACCUAAUACACAUCCACCAGCUGGCCAUGCAAGCACUGCGCAGAAUCUGGGCACGACGCCCGAUUCCGAACUACGGGCCCAGCAUGUUCGAGACCAUGAUCCUGAUCCUGAAGCACCUGAUCAAGUCGCACCAGACCCUGCUGGAUCGCUAUCACACGCGGAUGAAGGAGAUCAAGUUCGAGAACCUGUACAUCCGGAGCACGGACGAUGGUCUGAACGCGGAUCACAUCAAGACGCUGACAGACAUGGGCUUCAUGCACUACCAUGUCAUCGAGGCGUUGAGGACGAAUGCCUCCUUGGAGGAGGCCACCGACUACCUGCUUAACAACCCGGAGGCCAGUGCGCUGUCCACGACUGGUGGGCAGUCAGGCGGCUCUGCUCCUCCGCCGCCACCACCGCCGUCGGCCUCCACAAUGGACAUUGACAUGGAUCUGCCGGCGGACGGGGAGUCGACGCAGAGCAAAUCCUCCGCUUCGGCGAACUCCAGCUAUGACUACAAGCACCUCAAGCUGAUGCCGUCGCUGAUCUUCGAUCGAUUCUGUGACGAGGCCAUCUCGAGGGCCUUCGAGUUCAUGGAAGCCAUACCGGAUACGGUCAACAGUGCCGCGGACCUGAUAGCCGUGCUCUACAGACGCCACAAUCACCUGAACAAGCAGGUGUUUGUCACCAACUUUGUGCGCAACAUCAUCCAGUGGGUGGACUUCACCUUGCAGCUGUUCGAACCAUCCAAGUCAAGCGGAUCGAAGGCCACACGCCUGGAGGAAUGUUUGACUGGGAUGACGGCCACCCGGCUGUUUGUGCGCCUCAAGACAUCGACGUUGCUGCUGGAGGAGAACUACAGUGAUCUGCACCGGCCGUUGGUGGAGGCGAUAACCGCCCAGGAUGCCAUGGUGUCGCUGGUCAAGCUGCUGGACUGCAUGAGCCAGUGGAUGCUGGAGCAAUCCAGCGACACCAGUACCGGCCAGCAGCGGGCCACAGUGCCGCGGUGGGUGCAGAAUCUGGUGGAUCUGAUUGAUGCCAUCGACAGCAUCAGCCACAUCCUGCAGCGCAAGGCCAACAUGCGGGCGGUCAGCAGCGAUGUGUGGCGCUGGUACGACGCCUCCACGGGCAAGUGGAAUGCCUACUCGGAGGCCAACAACGAGCUGAUCCGCAAUGCCUACGCCGCCGGCGAGCGCUGGCUGCACAUCAACAUCGGGCGACAGCGCUGCACCGUGAGUCUGAACUGCAUGACGCAGGUCAGCGAGGCGUCCGGCACACAUCGGCCCGUUUGCCCGGCCCUGAAGCUCAGCGAGGCCAUCACCUCGCUUCACAAUCCGAUGGUCCUGCACAAGGUGGAGCACAUGCUGAACCGCGUGGUGCGCACCGCACCCGACGGUUCGGGAACCGUGCAUUCCGAUGAGUUGAUCUCCCUGCGCCAGCUGGUCAACUUCACCGAUGGCCAGCAGCCGCAGCCGCCGCAGCAGGACGGCUCUGGAAACUCCAACGAGGAGGGAGCGAACGAAGAGGGCGCAACCGGUGCCAGUGGCGGAUCUCCACUGGCCGCCAUGACGACGCGCAGCAAGUCGCGGCAAAAGAGCGCGGCCGCCGCAGCCGCUGCCAAGGUGAAAUCCCAGCCUGGCGGCUCGCCACCCAUACCCAAACGCACCCAGAAAAUCAUACUCAACGAGGAGCAGGUGGGCCUGAGCAAGUUCGACUGCGGCCGCAUUAUCGGCAGCAUUGUGGACCUGCUGCAGCCGGCGCACCUGAUGCUCAACGAGACGAAGCUCUCGCUGCUGCGACUCUGUGCGAGAUUGACCCGGAACUACGACAAUGCCCAGGUGUUCAUCCGGCGGGGCGGAGUGCGGAUGCUGUUGCACCUGCAGCAGGCCUGCAGUUUCAUGGGCUUCCCCACCUAUGCGAACAUUAUCCUGCGCCAUGUGCUCGAGGCGCCGCCCGUGCUGCAGGAGGCCAUGGAGCGAGUGCUGGGCAUGCGGGCAGCCGGCAUCGUGCCCGUGGGCCAUCGCGACCUCAUCUUCGUGCUGACCCAGGUGUCGUCGGCAGUGUCGCGUAAUCCGCAGAUCUUUGUGGCCGCCGCCAAGGAGAUGCUCAAGGGCGAGUACAUGCUGAGCACGAACGAUGCCCGUGUCAUGGUCAAGUCCAAGUUUGGCCAGCAGCCGACUGCGGCGGCCGGCGGGGCCACGCCCCAUUCCCAGACACCGACGCCGCCGCCAUCGGCCAAGAAUGACCUCAAGGACGACCCGCAGGUGCAGUCGUCGGUGGCCGUGCUCAAGGAUCUGCUGCAUGGACUAGUGCAGCCCUGCUGGCACUACGGCGGAACUGGAUCUUCGGAUCGUGGACAGGGGGCCGCCGAGCUGCUGCAGCCGGAUCAGCCACCAGGCACGACACAGGGAUGCCAUGAUGACGAGUUGUAUUUCCGCUUCCAGGAAACCCCCGCGCCCGUGAGCAGCAAGAAGCAAUCCUCGGGCGGCAGCGGAGGAGGAGCAGCUGCUGGCCAGGCCCAGGCCUCGGAAAAGUUCGAGCCAUGCUGCUGCACCUGGCACAUCCCAACCAGCGGACACACCCACGCCAAGCCGACCAUCUCGCGAGCAACCCUGCUGAAGCUACUGGCGGACUCCACGCGGGCCUACCAGUCGCUGGUCCCGCGCGUCCUCUUGUCCCACAUUUACACGCCGGCGGACAGUCCCCUGAUCUCGGCGCCGCAGCAGACCUUCCUCGGCGUGCUCCUGGAUCGCUUUCUGCCCAUAACCCAGCGGCAUCAUGUGCCCGAGGUCAGCACCAUGACGCGGGUGCUGAUCUGCUCGUUGUCGGACUGCUACCAGCAGCCCGGCGUCCAGGUCCACGUGGCCGAGGAGCUGCACGCGGCGGUGGCCAGAGCCCUGGCCCAGCCGGACUCAGCCGAGAAGCACACGCGACUGCAGGUCCUGAUGAGCCUGUUCCCCAACCUCAUUGAGUCGCCCAUGCUGUACGACAAGGUGCACAUGCACCGCAACAACAUGUACCGCGUGCUCCUGCGCCAGGGCGUGAUGACCUACCUGACCAAGGUGGCCCAGUACAAGGAUCUGUCCAACCACAACACGCUCAGCACCCUGGCGGCCAUCCUGCGACCCAUGGAGAUCCUGCUCCGAUUCAGUGUGUCCACCACAACGCUGGGCUCGAAGAGGAUCCUCUUCGGCACCGGCGGAGCUGGCGGAGCGAAUGGUACCGGGAAUGGCAACAACGCCGCCGGCGGUGGCAAUGGAACCGGACCGGGAGCGGGCAACACCUACGGGACGAUCAUCAACCGACGACUAUAUCCUCGCCUGGCGGCACGCACUGCGGUCAGUGCCGCAGUGGAGCGCUCGAAUGCGAUGGGAGGCGAGCAUGUGCUGCGCGACAUCAUACGUAAUGUGCUGUCUGAUCGGCGACAUGCCUUCGAGUUCAUUUUCAACUCGGACGAGAUGGCCGUGGACUCUGAGGACUCGGCUGCUCCGGGCUCUGGCGGGGUGGGCGGCGGAGGCGCGGGAGCCGGCGGAGGAGGAGGAGGAGGCGUAUCUGGAUCUGGAUCUGGGGGAGGCACUGCAGCCGUUAUCGAUGUGGUCGAGGAGCGCAGCAAUGGUGGCGAUACCAACGAUCCGCCGCCCAACGUGAGCUCUGGCUCAUCGGCAGCCGGGCAAUCCUCGACUGGCGGUGGCCCAGUGCGACCAGUGCUGAACUUUGACCAGCUGUGGGACGACUUCCUGCAGAGCGAGGGACUGCGCCUGGCCUCGCGAAGCGGCGGUGGCGCCGGAUCCGGCAGCGGAUCCGCAGGAGCCGGCUCAUCUGGACAGCAGAACGGCGGCAACGCCACAGCUGGAUCGGCCAGCUCGGGCAACAAUUCUGGCAGUGGAGAUCCUCGCCUGCGCACCAAUCCGGAUGUGGAUGUGGGCAGCGGCGGCAAUGGCGGCAGCGGCAACGGUUCCAACGCAGGUGUUGUUAAUGACAAUGGGAUCGGCGGCGGCGGCGGCAGUGAUGGCGCUUCCACAUCCUCGGAUACGGGUGCGCCAAGUGGGCCACGCGAUUUGAACGCCUCGCUGCUGGGCGAUGUCAGCACUUCCGAAUCGGAUUCGGAUGCCUCCACGGAGAAUGACGAGCGCAAUGAGGAGGACGAAGACGAGGAUGACGACGCACCGGAUGAGGAUGUGGACGAGCACAGCGAGACGGAUGUGGAUGAGGAACGACCGCGCCAGUUCAUCGAGGUCUUUGAUCACAUCUACGAGCCGGAAUCCUCGGAGACGGCGUCCAACGAUGCGGAUGUGGAUAACGACGACGACGAUGACGAGGAUGAGGAUGAUGUGGACGACGACGAUGAUGAUGACGAGGACAACGACGAUGAGGAUCGCGAGGAGGGUCUGAGUGUCAUGGAAUCGGAGUUGGAGAACCAAAUAGACAUUGCCCUCGCCCUGGUCUCGUCCAACAAUCGUCCCAGACGCAGUGCAGCGGUCAACGCCCCCGGCGAUAACUCCGCCAGUCGUCCCAAUCCUGAUGACGAGGUGGACGACGAGGACGAUGACGUGGAUGCUGAUCCCGAUGGUGAUCCCGAUGUCGACCCAAUUGGCGGUCCAACGGUUGCCCAGGGGGAGUCCUAUCCGUACCAAUUUUUGGGCAGUGGCUUGAUGCCCACACCGCCUGUCGGAUUCCGCGUGCGGAUGAACAGCUCCAUCGCCCAGCCCCUAGACAUUGAUGUGAAUGGCGGCAAUGGUGGUGGUGGCAGCGGUUCAGGCGUCUCUGGAGCGGCCGGCGGAUCUGGUAGAGGCUCCUCAACGGGCGGAACAACAGCCAGCAUAGGAGCCAUCGCCUCCGCCGCCCUGCGACCCUCAUCGGGCUCUUGGAUGGCCCCGGACUUCAAUUUCAUUGGAGUGUCGGGUGGUUCUGGCCUCGGUGGUGCCUCAGGCAGCGUAGCAGCUGGUGGUGGCAAUGCCAACGGUGGCGAGGUGAACGCCUUCCUUACGCCCACCAUGUCGGAGCGCCCUGGUGGUGCCUCUGGCAGUGGCCAGAACAUAAGCAACCUGCUGGACGAACAACCAUCGGUGAGCGGUGGCGCCGGCGGCGGUGGGGGAAGUGGCGGAGGAUCCGCCCCUGGUGGCGGCGGCGUCAGCGGUGGCGGAGCAAACGGCGGCACCACCGGACAGCAUCCGAAUGCCACGCUCUGCACGAACGGAGUGCGCCGACGGUUGCUCUAUCUGGACCAGCAGUACUGUGUGUGCAUGCCGACACAUCAGAAUCCCACGGAAGAGACCCAGAUGGAGACCUUCACUCAGGAUGCUCUUCAUUGGUGGCUGGAGGAGGCCACGCUCUUGGAUAUGGAGAGCCAGACUGACGCCUGCCUGUACGCCGCUCACUUCCUGCUGCCGCACCUCAUCAAGGAGCUGAAGACGUCGCACCAGCAGCGCAAGGAAGAGGAAGCCACCCGCCAGAGUGCCACCAACUCCACAACAUCGGCCGCGGCCGGAGCAACGGCGAACUCGGUCAUAACAGCGGGUUCGAACACAGCAGCUCCCACUGCGACGGCCGCCAUCGCGUCCAGUUUGCUGGCGAAUGCCGUGUCCGCGGGCUCGGGAAACAACAGCAGCAGCAUGGUGGUUCCCCCGGUGGCAGCCUCUGCUACGGGAGGCACCCGACGCAGCUCGAUCCCUGUGCUGAUUCCCUCGAGCUUUGGUCCUAGUGGCGCGACUGGGGGAACGGGAGCCAGUGCUACUGGUGAUGGUACGGCGACGCCCCCCGGAAACCUUGGCUCCUUCACAAGCACGUCCCUUGGCGGCAGUGGAACCCUGGAGCCGCAGACCACCCCUCGGGCGCCUCGUCAGCGCGGUGGUUUGCGGCAGCACAGUCAGCUGCCCUUCAACAUCUACGCGGAGAUCGACCUGACCAACGAACAGGAUAGCCAAGGCGCUACCUCAACAGCAGGGACGCCGGCCGAUGGAGCCGAAUCGCAGCCGCAGCAGAACUCCUCCGCUCCGACGGCGCAGGUGCCGGUGCUGCAGCAUCAGCGCCAUCCGCCGGUGCCACUCCUGCCGUCCAGCGGAAGGCCAUCGCGACCCCACUCGCGGCUGGACGAGGCGGAGCUGCUCCUGCUACAGUUGGCCGAUCGCCAGGCUGUGCGCAGUCGAAUGCAAGUGUCCAGUGGACACACAAAUUCCUCGCGCACUUCGGGAUCGGCGCUGAUAAACGCCCGGCCCAAUCGCGACCUUCCCGCCCGUCUGCAGCGCCUCGUCCAGGCGCACAGCUCCAUUUCCAGCCGCAACAGUGCAUCCGCCUCCACGCCAGCUCCAACGCUUGUCUCCAUGCCGACGCCCAUGUCCAGUGCGGCACUGGAGCAGCUGAAUGUCACGGCCCCCGAUGUGGUUGGCCCGGACAGGAACUUUGCCUUGCCGCCGUCGCUGGAGGUUGAUGUGGACGUGCUGCCCCGCAUAUUGGACCGCAUAUUGCCGCAGCAGCAGGACCCGCAACCGGAGGAGGAUCAGCUAUUGCUGCCACCACCGCCGCCGCCACCGCCCAGUGAUGCGCCUUUGGUGCUCACCGAGGACGACCUGUGGCCCGGCACAGUCGGUGUUGGGUCCAGAGAAGAGGAGUCACCUGCUCCAGCAGCCGCAGCAGUGGGAGUAGCUGACAGCGAGGCUGUUAGUGAAUCAAACCAAUCGGAUCAGACUCCAGAAAGCAGCGAAUCUGUCUCGUUAAACCCACAGGCUCCGCCAGCAGGGCCAACGCCAGUGGAGACGAGCGGAGAAGGAGCUGCCUCAGCCAGUACCCAAACGCCGGCACCAACAGAAGAAUCCGCCGCAGGUGGAACAACAACCACAACAACUGGCGGAGCAAGUGGAACCACAGCCACCAUAACGGAUAUGAGUCCCGAGGUGCGAGCCGCUCUCGGGGAUCUGGAGGUGCCCGAGGGCGUGGAUCCCUCCUUCCUGGCCGCCCUGCCCAGCGAGAUGCGCGAGGAGGUGAUCCAGGAGCACCUGCGCAUGCAGCGCAUCCGUCAGCGGGCGCAGCAGAAUGCCAUCCAAAUUGCCCACGACUCGCUGGUCGAGGUGAAUCCCGAGUUCCUGGCGGCCCUGCCGCUGAACAUCCAGUCGGAGGUGCUGAUGCAACAGCGGAUCGAGCAGCAGCGCCAGGCGGCCCAGACCGCCAAUCCGGAGGAUCCCGUGGACACGGCCGCCUUCUUCCAGAACCUGCCCGAGAAUCUGCGACAAGCGAUACUUACUGACAUGGAGGAGUCGCAGAUCGCCAGUUUGCCGCCCGAGUUGGCUGCCGAGGCGCAGUUCCUGCGUCGCGACUGGGAAUCUCGCAAUGGCGCCCGCAUGGACGCCCAUCCGCCCAGCAAUGCGCUAUCCCGUUUUCAGACCACGCUGCAGAGCCUGGACGAGGCACGCUGGCACAGCUCCAUCUGGUAUGACGCCAGUGGCAAUGCCCAGCCGCAACACCACCAGCACACCACGAUUGUGCACCACCAUGCCCACGCACAUCACGCCCCGACCAUGGGCAAGCCACUGGCUCUGCUCAUGAUGGAGGACGAGAACAUCCUGCUUGAUCCGGACUCGCUGGCCACCCUCCUACUCUUCCUGUUCGUCGAGGACCAGAAGGUGAACAGCAUGCGGCUGCAUCGCGUCAUCCGCAACCUGUGCCACCACGAGCCCACCCGCGACUGGAUCAUCAGCGCCCUGAUCAGCAUCGUCCAGAAGACCAACGAGGACAAUGCGAACUUUGGAGCCGGCCAGGCUGGCGGCAAGCCGGAGUGGCUGAAGCUGCGCGUGGACGCGGCCUUUGGCUACAAGAGCAACAUCUUCCUGAUCAAUCGCAUGUACGAGGGCAGCGCCCGAAGCAUCAGCAUCAAUCCCCAGGCGGCCCAGAUGAUUGUGCGCAAUUGCCUGGAUCUGCUGUUCGUGCUGGCCAAGCACUAUCCGUCCAGCUUUGUGCCCUUCAAUCGCGAGGUGAAGGCCAGGCGCAUACUGAGCUCGGUCUUUGGCAUGCCAUCGCCCACGGCUGGAGCGGGAGGAGCAGUAGGAGGAGGAGCAGGUGCUCCUAGCGGUGGACUAGCAGGACGUGGUGUCGAUGAAGUGCCACCGGGUGGAACCCUGGACUUCCGAUCACGCUUCUGCCGCUACCAGGUGGCCAAUCGGCUGCGCGGCAUCCUCGACGAUCAUCCUGCCCCCAAAUCCGCCACGCCCCUGGACGAGGCUCCCUCCACAUCGAAGGCGGCUGCUGCCAAGGCGGCUGCCACGGCCAAGGUGUCCACUGGCAGUCUCAGCCAGCACUCGGUGCCGUAUCAGACCAAUGCCAAGAACUUCUGGGAUGUGGUGCUGAACAUCGAUAGACAGACCAAGGUGCGAUUGGCCAACGUUGCCCAGUUUCCACUCACCUCGCAGCCGGCGUGGGAGUGGCAGACGAAUACCGCCGACUUUCUCUCGUUCAGCGAAUCGCCCUUCGGCCAGUUGCUGGAAAUGCUGCCCUACAAGGUUAUCUGCCGGUCGCCGCAUCUCACCGACAUGCUGGUCAAGCUGCUCGCCUCGCUCAGCACGGAGCUGCCCAAGGAGGAGGAACAGCUGCCGCUGAGCGACCAAAUGCCCACCCUGAUACCCAUUGGCCAGGCGGCGGCAGCGGCGGCAUCAGCGGAGAACUCCCAGUCCAAUGCCUCGGAGAUUGGCGACGGGCUGGCGGCCAACAGCGAGGAGCAAGCCGCUCCGGCCAGCGGAAAUCCGGCCUCCGGUGAUAGCAAUGUGGCGGCAAAGCGAACCCAGUUGCCAACUCUAAGUGUGGCCCUGCCAGUGGCGCCGUCGAAGCCGCGUCGCAAGAUCUACUCGAAGAACUUUUCGCAACUGCAGCUGGUCAUCGAGGUGCUGACCCACCAGUGCGGCACCACCGAGGGCCUGGACAACGUGGCCAAGUUGAUUGUCAACCUCACUCAGUGCUCGCAGGCAUCCAAUGCCAUUUUCAUCCAGUACUUGACGGCUGCCAUUCUGGGACUGGCCGAGGAGGUGCGUCAAGCCAUACAGAUGCUGCUCAACGAGAUUCGCAUGUACAACAUCCAUCACGGUGUGGCCGGCUCGGUGACGACCUCACAAGCUGCCUCCACCUCGGGGGCACCCACUGUGUCGGGAGCCAGCCUGCUGCCCAACUUGGCCGUCCACGAGGGCAUCAUGCAGGACCGCUUCACCGCCGAGCAUGUGAUCAUUUCGGCGCCGAAGAACGCCAAGCCCACCUGCGAGCUGCAGCUGCCGUCGAUGAAGAAGCUCAUGUCCAACUCCUCCGCCCAGCCGUACUUCCUGCGCACCCUGAAGAUCUUCAUGCAGGUGCGCGACAUGUACGAGGCGCAGAAUGGCCUGGCCACGGGCGGUGGAAUCGGAGCCGGUGCUGUCGGCGACAACGAUGACGACAUUAUCGACAUUGAGGGCGAUGGCGGAGCCUCGGGCGGUAGCAGUUCGGAUAUGGCUCCCGGCUCGGCCAGCACCAUCUCUCCGCCUCCGCCAAUGGAAACCAAUCAGACCCUCCACGAUGGCGACGAGGACGAGGAGGACGAUGAUGAUGAGGCAAGGGCUUCGCCCGGGGACGGCGGCAGCAGCAGUCAUCCGUCGGCGAGCGCCUGCAAGUCGACCAAGCCCACUCUCAGUCAGAUCCUCUGUCUGGACGUUCUGUGGCACACGCUCAGCGAGUGCCUGGUGGCGCUGGAGGAGUCCAAGGACGAGUUCGCCGUCCUGGUGCUGCAGCCCACCGUGGAGGCCUUCUUCCUCAUCCACGCCUCGCACCGCGGCGCUGCCAAGAAGUCGGGCCGCGGCUCCCUGGCUGAGGUCGUGGGCUCCAUAAUGCGGGCAGCUACCGGCAGCGGAGCUGGAGGAUUGGGAGCCGCAGCUCAGUCUUCCGCCCAGGAGCACAGUCCCUCGAUGGACGACACGAGCAGCGCCAACACCCUCAGCUCGGCCAGUUUCGAAGAUGAGCCGCGCAUGCAAGACGCCUCUACGAAUACGCCGCUCUCGGCCAGCAGCUCCGCCAGCACAGCGCUGAGCGCCCACGAGGCGCAGCUGAGGCAGGAUCGCCAGAAGUUCCUGCAGUUCGCCGAGAAGCAUCGCACCGUGCUGAACCAAAUCCUGCGCCAGUCGCCCACCCAUCUCUCGGACGGACCGUUUGCUGUGCUGGUGGACCACACGCGCAUCCUGGACUUCGACGUGAAGCGGAAGUACUUCCAGACGGAGCUGGAGCGCCUGGAUGAGGGCAUACGGCGCGAGGAGCACACGGUCAGUGUGCGUCGCGUGACCGUCUUCGAGGAUUCCUUCCGCGUGCUGUACCGCCUGGGACCGGAGGAGUGGAAGAACCGCUUCUACAUUGUGUUCGAGGAUGAGGAGGGCCAGGAUGCUGGCGGCCUGCUGCGCGAGUGGUAUGUGAUCAUAUCGCGCGAGAUCUUCAAUCCGAUGUAUGCCUUGUUCUGCGUAUCGCCGGGCGAUCGCGUCACCUACAUGAUCAAUCCCUCCAGCCAUGCCAAUCCGAAUCACCUGAGCUACUUCAAGUUCGUCGGCCGCGUAAUUGCCAAGGCCGUGCACGACAACAAGCUGCUGGAGUGCUACUUCACCCGAUCCUUCUACAAGCACAUCCUGGGCAAGCAGGUGAAGCACACGGACAUGGAGUCGCAGGACUACGAGUUCUACAAGGGUCUCGACUAUCUCAUGAAGAACGACAUCUCCACGCUGGGCUACGAGCUGACCUUCUCCACGGAGGUGCAGGAGUUCGGUGUCACCCAGAUCCGUGAUCUCAAGCCAAACGGUCGCGACACCGCCGUCACCGAGGAGAACAAGUUCGAGUACGUGCAGCUGGUGUGCCAGCUCAAGAUGAGCGGCUCCAUCCGACAGCAAUUGGACGCAUUCCUCGAGGGCUUCUACGACAUUAUUCCAAAGCAUUUAAUUUCGAUAUUCAACGAACAGGAACUGGAGCUUCUCAUAUCCGGUCUGCCGGAUAUUGACAUUGAAGAUCUAAAGGCGAACACCGAGUAUCACAAGUACACCUCCAAAUCGGCCCAGAUUCAAUGGUUCUGGCGCGCCUUGCGCAGCUUCGAUCAAGCAGACCGGGCCAAGUUCCUGCAGUUCGUCACGGGCACGUCGAAGGUGCCGCUGCAGGGAUUCGGUUCCCUGGAGGGCAUGAACGGAAUCCAGAAGUUCCAAAUCCAUCGGGACGAUCGGUCCACCGAUCGAUUGCCCUGUGCGCACACCUGCUUCAACCAACUGGAUCUGCCCAUGUACAAGUCAUACGACAAGCUGCGGAGCUGCCUGCUGAAAGCCAUUCACGAGUGCUCCGAGGGCUUCGGCUUCGCCUAAGGAGCCACCUGCGGCAGCGAGGUCAGCCAGCCGGGGGGCCAGCCAGGCCCUAGAGCAGCCACCAAGCAACCAGGAAUCAGGAACCAGGUACCCAUGGACGCAACACUAUUCCUAGUACGCCCAGCCACGGGCGACACGACGAGAGAUGCAUAAUUGAUUUGAACAGAACAGAACAGCCACUGCAAAUUUGCGAUAGCGGCGACGAAACUGCAUGCAUACACAGUACAUAUAGUUAUAUAGUAUAUAUAAAAAUGUUGAAUUAAUUAUUAAUUUUCGCGCCUAUAUAUAUACAAUAUAUAUUUUCUUAAAUUUUCAAAAAAAAACGGAAAAAGUCUAAGGAAACCUACGAAAAAAUGAUAAGAAAAGCAAACCGAUGCAAGCGCGAAACACAGUGUAUUCGGUUUAAAUUUGUCUGCGUGACUCAUUCUAUAUAUUGUAUUAUUUCGAAAUCAAUCCCUGUCGUUUUGCACACUUCACACACAUCUACGCAGAGAGGUUACACAGAAGGAUUUACACGAUUUGACAUAUAUUUUAUUUACCCAAACACGAAACCGAAUAGCAAAGGAUUAUACGUAGUACAUAGAACGCAAAUGCACAUAAACAGAUUAUACACUUUGGUUUCUUGUUUACUUAAGAGAAUGUACCGAAGACGCAGCGGAAAUUAAUGGAUUAAAGUAUUUUGAUGUAAGAGAUAAGUCCCUAUGUUAUGCAUUUUAUGUUUACCUUUGGAAUAAUGAGCAGAUGUAACUUAAAGAAUGUGGAAUAAAGUAAAAUUAAGCUCAUUUAUCAAAAUAAAUUUUCAGAAAUCACUUAACAA